AUGGCGAGAGGUGGGGCAAUGAAGGCAGCGGGGGUUUCAGCGAUGGCGAUCGCUUUCGCGCUGCUCAUCGUCUGUAUCUCAAUCCAGCAGUACACGGAAAGGAUUCAGAACGACUCAAUGUCCGCUCCUCUUGGCAGCUCUGAGCUCCUCACAAUCCAAAGCUUGAUGCAUGUUCCUGCCUGCGCAGCCGACAAGCAUUGCAGGUCUGCAUGCAGGUUAGUUUGUGACGAAGUUCGCAUGAGCUCAGGAGCGCGAGACUAUGCAUCAUCACUCAUAUCCUUUGGAUGCUGCUCGUCAUCUCCGGUUAUUACCAAGCAAGUGACAGGUGCUCGUGAGACUCUGUUAGCUGAGGUUUCCAAGCUACAUGCACAUGACCGUCUGCCCGUCAAGUAUCUUCGCAGCGGGAAUUCACUGAAAGAAAAUCUCGCAAUCUUGAAACGAGAAGAGACGGCGGUGGCAAAAAGACUAGCGAAGCUCAAGCUGAAAGAUGUUUUGCCAUUCCGUGUCAAACGUGGAGGUCAACUAGCUUUUCAAGUGCAACCUCCUCUCGUCGAUGGAACCAAACGGAACAGCACGACGACAGACCCAUAUGGUGUCGAAAGACAAGCAGAGUCAAAGGGAAAGCGAGAUGCAGUAUGGCGAGGCUUCUAUUGUGUCGGUGCAGAUUGUCCAGAAGAGAACGAUUCAUUCCAGACUUGGUCCGCCUACGAGGCAUACCUCGCUGCGACCAACCAAUUCGGUUUGCCAGUCUCGUUCCGAAAUGAAUCAAGUGUGAAGUAUGUGGAAUCCGACCCCUCCGAACUGGAAAGACUUUUGAGGGAAACUGAGAUUAUGGGAUUGGGCGAACCAUACGAAGAGGAGGAAGUGCUAAAAGAUCCUGACACGGAUGUUGAAAAUCUCUAUCAACAGUAUAGAUGGUGUGUUUUCAAAUCCAAUGAUAAUCUAGAUGACUGCCUCAAGAAGCUUCGCGAACAACAUCUUCAGUGGGAGUGGCAACGUAUUCCGGGAUGCAUUCCCAAUGUGACCGUGAAUGCUUCUUUCCAUCCUGAGAAUGCAUCUUAUAUAGCCAACGCGAAUGCAAGCUGCCUGCAGCUUGUCCCAAUGAGAACUUUGAGGACGUAUGGGUAUGACGUGGCAACAGGGAAGUACCCUAUGGAAAACUUGACUGAUGAUCUAGAGGAAUUCCCUCCAAGUGAAGAAGCCAUCAGGCACCUUCUGGGCGAUGAUUUGUAUGCCAAGUAUGAAGAAGAAGAGAGGAAAUCCCUGACCCUUGGGGAAGCUCAUCAACAGUUCAAUCUUCGCCGUGCUGAGAUUCGUAGGAGACAAGUCUUCAAGAAGGCCUUCAACAAAACAGAGUUUGAAUGGUGCCUACAUCAGCACAAGCACGACAAGGACUUUCCAAAAGCUUGCACAGGAGACGGACGUAUGUUUAUCAAGAAACCCUAUCAGGAUCGGCAUAAACCUCUCACGGCUCCGGAGCAGAUCGUGGAAGGUGUUGCGUCAGCGAUGAGGAAUCUUGUAGGGGAAGAUCGCGCGGCAAGGGUGGUGGAAGAAACGGGUACGGAAGCCGCAGGUCAGAGGCAUCCAAACAAGUUCGAAUAUGGGCCUGCAGUGGUUCAGCCCGGCCAUGUGGCUGCCGAGCCGGCCCCAUGGCUGAGGAUGAAGCUCAUCAGGGACCAGCCGCAGUCAGUGGAGGGGAAGAUGGCGCUGCUGAGGGAUAGACGCCGACUCCCUGGCGUGAACGUGGACUCGUGGGGGGGAGCGAUGCCUGCCUUGUACCAUUCUAGGCGCGAUCCCAUCGCCUACACUCCGAACCAAUGCUGUUCUCACUUCGUUGACAUGUCGGAGUGGGCAUGAUACCAUGAACUGUGCGAAUAGUACUCUUCAUACUCGAAACUUCAAUUUUCUUAGUGGGAUUUUGACUAUGUACAUUGCAAGCCUUGAAUC